ACGAGAUUAACAUGCCGAGAGUAAAGAGUGCGUUAAGGAGCAUAGAUCCCUUCUACCUCACUUGGGGUAUGUGUCUGUCCCUUCGCCUUGAAGAUGAACACGGCCGACGAAAUCCGUCCUCUAGUAUGUGCCAAGGAAGCAUCGUCCACGAUCACCGUAACCCGUAAACCACGAUCCAGCAUCGGGCAUUGCAUAUCCUCGCCGGACCCUCUCACCUCGUUGACCUCUACAGAGGCACAGCUACUGCAAUGAGGAACGGGAGUUAUCAUCAUCACCACCCACCAUUCACUCCACCCACCCUUCCUCCAUCCAGCCCAUCCAUCCCACGCAACCCCCCACAUCUUAUCAGAUCACCUGGCACCGCACUGGCGAGCCCCCUGCCACAUGGCCAACAAACACGUCCAGCCCUAAGGGUGGAUUUUCGUGAUCAGUUGACAUCUCGCCAGCUCCAGCCACCUGAUUGGCCCUCAGCGCGUCCACGCGUCCCGAGUAACGUAGCCAGGAGCUCAGCCCUAGCGGUGGAUUUUCGUGAUCGGUUGACAUCUCGACGCAGCGCGGUAGCUGAUUGGCCGGACGGCGUUUCACACCCCUGGCGACACGUGCCAGGCAACACGGUCAGCCUUUUAUGUGGAUUUUCGUGAUGGUUUUGACAUCUCGACUCUGUGAGGGAGGUGGUUGGUUUGGUCGGGUGGCACAUUGGGGGUUUGUGAUCCCGUUUAUGGCU